AAAAAAUAAACAGUGUCGUUAUUUCUGGAAACUUCCACAGGAUUCUCAGAUCAUCAGGUGAGCAAAACCAUACGAGCACCACACGCAAGUAAUACACCACCACCACCACCAACAUCAUCAAGUGCAGAGCUUCGAAACCCGCCGUCACCGAGCAGAGAACCGAAGCUUUUGUUUGUUUGAAGGGAAAGGAAAGGAAAGGAAAGAAUAGAAAGGAUGGGGGUAGAUUACUACAAGAUCUUACAAGUAGACAGGAAUGCGAAAGAUGAUGACUUGAAGAAGGCUUAUAGGAAGCUUGCCAUGAAAUGGCAUCCUGAUAAGAACCCCAAUAAUAAGAAAGAGGCUGAAGCUAAGUUUAAACAAAUCUCCGAGGCCUAUGAGGUUCUCAGUGAUCCCCAGAAAAGAGCAGUAUAUGACCAAUAUGGUGAAGAAGGUCUAAAAGGCUCGGUGCCACCCCCUGAUGCUGGUGGAACUUCCUACUUCUUCACUGGAGAUAUUCCUGCAUCAUUCCGAUUCAAUCCACGGAGUGCUGAUGAUAUUUUUGCAGAGUUUUUUGGGUUUUCAAGACCAUUUGGAGGCAUGGGAGGUGGUGGUGGCAUGAGAGGAACAAGGUUCUCAAGUGGAAUAUUCGGUGAUGAUAUCUUUGGGUCUUUUGGUGAUGGAGGAGGAGGUUCAAUGCAUCAAAGUGGUCCUAGAAAAGCUUCUGCUAUUGAGAAUAGGUUACCUUGUAGUCUGGAGGAGCUCUACAAGGGGACUACCAAAAAGAUGAAGAUUUCUCGAGAGAUUGUUGACAUGAGCGGCAAGACCAUGCAGGUGGAGGAAAUCCUAACAAUUGACAUAAAGCCUGGCUGGAAGAAGGGCACAAAGAUCACCUUCCCAGAGAAAGGGAAUGAACAACCGAAUGUCAUACCUGCUGAUCUUGUCUUCAUAAUUGAUGAGAAACCCCACCCUGUGUUCACUCGUGAUGGAAAUGACUUAAUUAUUACACAAAAAAUUUCAUUAGCUGAAGCACUGACAGGUUACACCGUCCAUCUCACUACCUUAGAUGGAAGGAAUUUAUCCAUUCCAAUCAACAGUGUGAUUCAUCCAACCUAUGAGGAAGUCAUCCCAAGAGAAGGAAUGCCAAUCCAAAAAGACACAACAAAGAGAGGAAAUCUGAGAAUCAAGUUCAACAUUAAGUUCCCAACAAGGCUAACAUCAGAGCAGAAAGCAGGAAUCAAAAAACUUCUAGCUUCCUGAGAUCAACUCUCAAAGGAAAGAGAGCAUGUUCUGUGAAUACACUAUUUAGGAACUAUGAGCAUCAAAAUAGAAUGAGGAAUUGAGUGGUUUUUCGUGAUACAAUUUGUGGCCAAUUUAGUAACGGAUUUUGAUAUUCUCUGUCUGCUGCUGAGCAUUUGAGAAUUGCUGUCCUUUAACAUAGGUGAGUGUAUGUCUUUCUUUCGGAUCAUAGUUUGUCCUAAAUUUUAAGGUGAUAGCUCAUAAAUAUAUUCAAUAUCUGGUUGGAGUAUUCAAUAAAACAUGAUUCCGAUGAUUAAUGUUGGGAUCUUUUAUCCCCUUAUUGAUUUAA